UAUGCUUGUACAUAUACGUGUGUGAGCAUGUGCAACAUCUGAAUGGACUUCAACUCAACUAAUUUGGAGUUGUGUGUGGACUUGAAACGGCAACAGUUAUAGCACAGUGCCAUCGCAUUUACGUCGCGCACAGGUAGUUCGACUGAUCAUUAUUAACCGCGCUAUUCGUGUUAUUUUCUAUAUCGCGCGCAAGGCAGUGUUUCGUUUAUUAUUAGAAGAAAAUUAGAAAUGUAAUAGAAGCUACGUUAGACGAAAAAGUAGUGGAGCUCACAUUCCUCGGCAGGAAUAUUUGUUUUUUCCGUGUGGGAGUACCUGCGCGUGAGUGAAAGAUAAAGCCAAUAAGAAAAGUGUAACUCUCUCGAGAGGUAACUCUCUACCUCUCCAAGUUUAAGUGUGCGGAUCAGAGGUUUCUUCGAUUAAAUACCGGUUCACUAACGAAGCAUACGACUGCUAAGAUUUAGAAAGUCAUUGAAGCGAUUUGUAAAGAUGUCAAAACUCAACAAAUAUGAAAUCAACAAAACGGAAUGGGAAGUUCCUGAUAGAUAUCACAUGCUUAUGCCUGUGGGUUCAGGUGCUUAUGGGCAAGUUUGCUCUGCUGUAGACAAACAAACUGGUCAUAAAGUUGCUAUUAAAAAGUUGGCAAGACCAUUCCAAUCUGCUGUUCAUGCAAAACGAACAUACAGAGAGCUACGAAUGUUGAAACAUAUGAAUCAUGAAAAUGUGAUAGGUUUGUUAGAUGUAUUUCAUACUGGUUCGUCAUUGGAGGAAUUUCAGCAUGUCUAUUUAGUAACUCACCUCAUGGGAGCUGAUCUAAAUAAUAUUGUGAGAACUCAAAAGUUAUCAGAUGACCAUGUCCAAUUCUUAGUUUACCAAAUUCUUAGAGGUCUAAAGUAUAUUCAUUCUGCUGGAAUAAUUCACAGGGAUCUUAAACCAUCAAACAUAGCGGUAAACGAAGACUGUGAAUUGAGAAUAUUAGAUUUUGGUUUGGCUAGACCAACAGAAAAUGAAAUGACUGGAUACGUAGCAACUCGUUGGUAUAGAGCACCAGAAAUCAUGUUGAACUGGAUGCACUAUAAUCAAACAGUUGAUAUUUGGUCAGUUGGUUGUAUUAUGGCAGAGUUAUUAACUGGUAGAACAUUAUUUCCAGGAACAGACCACAUCGAUCAUCUAACUCGAGUAUUAGUGCUCUGUGGUACACCCACGGAAGAAACUAUGAGUAAAGUUACAAGUCAAGAGGCGAGAAAUUACAUACACAGCUUACCUCCACUGAAAAAGAAGAACUUUAAGGAAGUUUUCCAAGGAGCUAAUCCGUUAGCUAUAGAUUUAUUGGAACUGAUGUUGGAACUGGAUGCUGAAAAAAGAAUAACGGCAGAGCAAGCUCUCGCGCAUCAUUACCUGUCUCAGUAUGCGGAUCCUACAGACGAGCCAAUUUCAUUGCCAUACGAUCAAAGCUUCGAAGACAUGGAAUUGACAGUCGAAAAAUGGAAAGAGUUGGUUUACCACGAAGUUGUAAAUUUUGUUCCUCAGCAGCAAGUACUGCCUGUAUCGUGAUCACCAAAAACAAUCACCUAACAAUAAUUGCACGUUAUUAAAAAUUUAUACAUACACAUACUUGACUUAUGUACAGGAAUAGGCCAUGUAAAAAGAAUCGAAUAUUGUACAAACACUAUUUUUGCGAAUAUAAUUUUUGCAGUAAUCAAGAUACUCAACAAAACCUACCAUUAUACUAUUUUAAUAUGAAGAUUUAAUUUUGUUAUAAUAAUUAUUAUAAUUAAUAAAGA